ACACUUUCAAUAGAUUUAUUUCAGGCAUAACAUUUGUAAAAUGGGUUAACAAAUCUCGCACAUUAUCAGCCUGACUGAUGGCCGUUUAAUGGUUAAAUAUGCCUCCACCUUUGUCCUAAGCUUCCAGGUAUUGAUAUGUUUUAUUACAACAGCACAAAGUAGCUUUCUAAAGGUUACACAAGAAUACCAUGGUCCAUGUAGAAGACACUGCUCUCCUAGUAGUACUAUCUGAAGGCAUAACCUGGCCAGUAGAGGGCAGACCUGAUCAGUUACCUUUAUUUACAAACGGAUGAUCUGUAUAACUGUGUUCUUUCACGAAAAAAGCUGAAGCAAGUGGCAGUCAGAAACUCCUAGUGAAAUGAUCUGGAAAAUUGUAUUUAUUCUUUUCUACUUUCAAAGAAUUCUUUGCCUUAAUGAAGUCAGAUGGUGCACAAUAUCCAACCAAGAGAACAAAAAAUGCAAUGACAUGAAAAAUGCUUUUGGACAAGCUAAAAUUACUCCGACUUUAUCCUGUGUAACUGGAAACUCGGAAAUCGAUUGUGCACGCAUGAUAAUGAAUAAUGAAGCUGAUGCUGUGACUCUUAAGGGUGAAUUUAUAUAUGAAGCCGGCACCAAAUAUUACUUAAAACCUGUGGCUGGAGAAGUAUACGAUCAAGGCAUGGGGACGUCAUACUAUGCUGUGGCCGUUGUAAGAAAAAACUCUACCUACAACAUAAACAAUCUGAAAGGAGCAAAAUCUUGUCAUACUGGGUUCCAGAAGAAUGCAGGCUGGAAUGUCCCCAUUGGCUAUCUCAUUGACACUGGCCGGAUUGCUGCUGUAGCUUGUGAUAUCCAAAAAGCUGUGAACAGCUUUUUUUCCAAGAGUUGUGUGCCUGGUGCCAUCCAGAAAGAUCUCUGUCAGCUGUGUAUUGGAGAUACCAAUGGCAACAAUGUGUGUCAGCUAAAUGGUAGCCUUGAGAGAUACAGUGGCUAUAGUGGAGCUUUCAGGUGUUUGGUUGAAGGACAAGGUGAUGUGGCAUUUAUAAAGCAUAGCACAGUGGCUGAGAAUUCAGAUGGUAGAAAUACAGAUCCGUGGGCUCAGGCCGUGAUUUCUUCUGACUACGAGUUAUUGUGCCGAGAUGGUAGCCGCGCAGAAGUCAGUGAAUGGAGACAGUGUAACCUAGCAAAGGUUCCUGCUCAUGCUGUUAUGACCCAGAUUAACACAGAUGGAGCCCUCAUUUAUAAAAUGCUUCACGAUGGGCAGCAGAGAUAUAAUAGCCAUAGUUCUGGCUUCAAGAUGUUUGACUCUUCGGCAUACAACAGUAACAACCUGCUUUUCAGUGACAUGACAACAGAGCUGAGAGCCAUUGCUGACCAGACAUAUCAGACCUGGCUUGGGGAUGAGUAUUUGCAGGCAAUGAAAGGAAUCGACUGUAAACCUGACCAAUUGCCUAAAUCCCUGCGUUGGUGCACCUUAUCCACACAAGAGAUAUGGAAGUGUGCCGAUAUGGCCAGUGCCUUUAAAAAUAAGUCUCUUGAUCCAUCGCUCCAGUGUGUUUCAGCUGACAGCCCUGAAGCUUGUAUGAAAAUGAUACAGCAAAAAGAAGUUGAUGCAGUGACAUUGAAUGGAGGAGACAUUUAUAAAGCUGGGAAGACAUAUGGGUUGGUGCCAGCCGCUGGAGAGGGUUAUCCCGACACCAUUAUGUCCAGUAGUUACUAUGCAGUGGCCUUGGUCCACAGAAACCCUUUGAAUGCCUUUACCAUUCAUGAUCUGAAAGGCAAGAAAUCCUGCCACACAGGCUAUGAGCGCACCGCUGGAUGGAACGUGCCCAUAGGAACUCUUAUUAAGCAGGGCUUUAUUAAGCCAGAUGGAUGCAAUACUGCCAAAGCUGUGGCUACUUUUUUCUCUGAGAGUUGUGUACCAGGGGCCAACCAGAAAUAUUUGCCUCCUGAACUGUGCAAUCUCUGUAAAGGUGACGACAGAGGACAAAAUAAGUGUGAGAAGGAUUCUCGGGAACGGUAUUUUGGGUAUUCUGGUGCAUUUAGAUGUCUGGCAGAGAAAACUGGAGAUGUGGCCUUUGUGAAACAUUCAACUGUGUUUGAACUUACUGAUGGAAAAAGUACAGAGCCCUGGGCACAGACUCUAAAGUCUAGUGAUUUUCAGCUACUGUGUCCUAAUGGUGCUCGGGCAGAAGUGAGCCAGUACACUGACUGUAAUUGGGCUCAGGUUCCAGCGCAUGCAGUUAUGGUUCAUCCUGAUACAAACAUAUACAUAGUGUAUGGCCUCUUAGCUAAUGCCCAGGAGUAUUACGGGACUGACAGCAGCUCUCAGUUUAAAAUGUUUGAUUCGUCAGUUUAUAAUGCAAAUGACCUGAUCUUCAAGGACUCAACUGAUAAAAUAGUUCCUGUUCAAGAGAAGAAAACAUAUAGCCAGUGGCUAGGCAGUGGCUACAUUGAAUCAUGGGAAAGUAUGCAGUGUUCUUCCAGUGCAGCACAAAAGCAAGGAACUAUUUCCUUUUUACUAAUUAGUAUGCUCCUGUUCAUGACAUUCUCUGUAUAAAUGCUGCCAGUUUAAAACCAGGACUUCACUGGGAAUUGCAGAGGUGCAAAAAAUAAAACAUCACAAAUAAAUUUGUCUCAUCUUGGAAAUGAUUGGAAUGUUCACCUACAUUGCUGUCUUCUCCACGUUUAAAGCCACUGUUUAAUACAAUGUGGGAAUGUUUGCUUUUAACAUCUUCUUGUAGAGAAGACAUUUGAAAUCCUCUAUUUAUUGUGCCGUCAUUUGCAUAUUCAAAUUUUUCUCCCAAAAGCAGAUGCAUGCUCCAUGUUCUUUCAGUGAGUCUGGUAAUGCUUCUCUACAAUGUUGCUGUCGUUAUAUUUAUGCAUCUGUCCAUUUGACAAUUGACACUGUGUGUUAAAUAUUAAAACGGAUUCAGAAACGGAAA